GCUAAGUGCUGGGAUUACACAUGUGCACCAUCAUGACUAUUUUAUCUGAAAUGGCUCUGUGUUCCCAGUACUGGGCAUCAAACCAAGAACUUUAUACAUGCUGGGUGCUGCCCCUGCUGCCACCAUGCCGGAAGUUGAGAGGAAAUCCAAGAUCACUGCAUCCCGAAAACUCAUGCUGAAGAGCCUGAUGCUUGCCAAGGCCAAGGAGUGCUGGGAGCAGGAGCAUGAGGAGCGUGAGGCUGAGAAGGAACGCUAUCUGUCUGAGCGCAUCCCCACGUUGCAGACCCGUGGCUUAUCCCUCAGUGCCCUGCAGGACCUGUGCCGAGAGCUGCAUGCCAAGGUGGAGGUGGUGGAUGAGGAGCGAUAUGACAUUGAGGCCAAAUGCCUCCACAACACCAGGGAGAUUAAGGACCUGAAGCUGAAGGUCCUGGAUCUCCGUGGGAAGUUCAAGCGCCCACCCCUGCGCCGGGUGCGUGUCUCUGCUGACGCCAUGCUCCGAGCCCUAUUGGGCUCCAAGCACAAAGUAUCCAUGGACCUGAGGGCUAACCUCAAGUCUGUGAAGAAAGAAGACACAGAGAAGGAGCGGCCUGUGGAGGUGGGAGACUGGAGGAAGAAUGUGGAGGCCAUGUCUGGCAUGGAAGGUCGCAAAAAGAUGUUUGAUGCUGCCAAGUCUCCAACCUCACAGUAGAGGUUGUCUUCCUAUAUGGCACUCUGGGCUCCUGCUUUGGGUUCCUUCCUCCGGCUUAAUCUAUCUUUGCACACGCCUGGAGCAUCCCCUGGUGCCCUCCUCCCCUCCACCCCGCAUGUCUGCCUUUGGAGCCAGGAAGAAACAGCACACAAAAGAGAGAGAAAUGCUAGUGUCUGAGACCUCACUCCAGUCUCCAGCACCCAUCAGGCGCUCUGGGGUUACCUAGCCAUCCCAAGGGGUCACAAGCUGAACACCUUGCCUGCUGUCCAACGCUGCCUCCCUCUAUUGUUAUUGUUGCCUGCAGUGUUCACAGGCAUCACAGCUUGUCAUUAAAAAAACCCAGUUUCCUGG